CAAGACCAGGGACAAGACAGGGGACAACCAAGGACAAGACAGGGGACAACCAGGGACAAGACAGGGGACAACCAGGGACAAGACUAGGGACAACCAGGGACAAGACCAGGGACAACAAUGGACAAGACCGGGGAAAACCAGGGACUAUACAGGGGACAACCAAGGACAAGACUAGGGACAACCAGGGACAAGACCAGGGACAACCAUGGACAACCAGGGACGAAACCAAGGACAACCAGGGACAAGACCAGGGACAACCAAGGACAACCAGGGACAAGACCGGGGACAACCAGGGACAAGACAGGGGACAACCAGGGACAAGACCAGGGACAAGACCAGGGACAAGACAGGGGACAACCAAGGACAAGACCAGGGACGAGACAGGGGACAACCAAGGACAAGACCAGGGACAACCAGGGACGAAACCAAGGACAACCAAGAACAAGACCAGGGACAAGACAGGGGACAACCAAGGACAAGACCAGGGACAAGACAGGGGACAACCAGGGACAAGACAGGGGACAACCAGGGACAAGACCAGGGACAAGACAGGGGACAACCAAGGACAAGACCAGGGACAACCAGGGACAAGACCAGGGACAACCAGGGACAAGACAGGGGACAACCAUGACAAGACCAGGGACACAACCAGGGAUAAAACCAAGGACAAUCAGGGACAAGAGCGGGGACAACCAAGGACAAGACCAGGGACAAGACAGGGGACAACCAGGGACAAGACCAGGGACAAGACAGGGGACAACCAGGGACGAAACCAAGGACAAGACCAGGGACAAGACAGGGGACAACCAGGGACAAGACCAGGGACAAGACCAGGGACAACCAAGGACAAGACCAGGGACAAGACAGGGGACAACCAUGACAAGACCAGGGACAAGACAGGGGACAACCAAGGACAAGACCAGGGACAAGACAGGGGACAACCAUGACAAGACCAGGGACAACCAGGGACAAGACCAGGGACAAGACAGGGGACAACCAAGGACAAGACCAGGGGACAACCAGGGACAAGACAGGGGACAACCAGGGACAAGACAGGGGACAACCAGGGACAAGACUAGGGACAACCAGGGACAAGACCAGGGACAACAAUGGACAAGACCGGGGAAAACCAGGGACAAUACAGGGGACAACCAAGGACAAGACUAGGGACAACCAGGGACAAGACCAGGGACAACCAUGGACAACCAGGGACGAAACCAAGGACAACCAGGGACAAGACCAGGGACAACCAAGGACAACCAGGGACAAGACCGGGGACAACCAGGGACAAGACAGGGGACAACCAAGGACAAGACCAGGGACAAGACCAGGGACAAGACAGGGGACAACCAAGGACAAGACCAGGGACGAGACAGGGGACAACCAAGGACAAGAACAGGGACAACCAGGGACGAAACCAAGGACAACCAAGAACAAGACCAGGGACAAGACAGGGGACAACCAAGGACAAGACCAGGGACAAGACAGGGGACAACCAGGGACAAGACAGGGGACAACCAGGGACAAGACCAGGGACAAGACAGGGGACAACCAAGGACAAGACCAGGGACAACCAGGGACAAGACCAGGGACAACCAGGGACAAGACAGGGGACAACCAUGACAAGACCAGGGACACAACCAGGGAUAAAACCAAGGACAAUCAGGGACAAGAGCGGGGACAACCAAGGACAAGACCAGGGACAAGACAGGGGACAACCAGGGACAAGACCAGGGACAAGACAGGGGACAACCAGGGACGAAACCAAGGACAAGACCAGGGACAAGACAGGGGACAACCAGGGACAAGACCAGGGACAAGACCAGGGACAACCAAGGACAAGACCAGGGACAAGACAGGGGACAACCAUGACAAGACCAGGGACAAGACAGGGGACAACCAUGACAAGACCAGGGACAAGACAGGGGACAACCAAGGACAAGACCAGGGACAAGACAGGGGACAACCAUGACAAGACCAGGGACAACCAGGGACAAGACCAGGGACAAGACAGGGGACAACCAUGACAAGACCAGGGACACAACCAGGGAUAAAACCAAGGACAAUCAGGGACAAGAGAGGGGACAACCAGGGACAACCAGGGACGAAACCAAGGACAACCAGGGACAAGACAGGGGACAACCAAGGACAAGACAGGUGACAACCAAGGACAAGACCAGGGACAACCAGGGACAACCAGGGACGAAACCAAGGACAACCAAGAACAAGACCAGGUACAAGACAGGGGACAACCAAGGACAAGACCAGGGACAAGACAGGGGACAACCAAGGACAAGACCAGGGACAACCAGGGAUGAAACCAGCGACACGACCAGGUACAACCAAGGACAAGACCAGGGACAACCAAGGACAAGACCAGGGACAACCAGGGACAACCAGGGACGAAACCAAGGACAACCAGGGACAAGACAGGGGACAACCAAGGACAACCAGGGACAAGACAGGGGACAACCAAGGACAAGACCAGGGACAACCAGGGACGACACCAAGGACAACCAGGGACAAGACAGGGGACAACCAGGGACAAGAGAGGGGACAACCAAGGACAAGACCAGGGACGAAACCAAGACAAGACCAGGGACAAGACAGGGGACAACCAAGGACAAGACCAGGGACACAACCAGGGACGAAACCAAGGACAACCAGGGACAAGACAGGGAACAACCAAGGACAAGACCAGGGACAACCAGGGAUGAAACCAGCGACACAACCAGGGACAACCAAGGACAAGACAGGGGACAACCAGGGACAACCAGUGAUGAAACCAAGGACAACCAGGGACACAACCAGGGACAAGACCAAGGACAACCAGGGACGAAACCAGGGACAUUCAGGGACACAAACAGGGACAAUCAGGGACAGGACCAGGGGACAACCAUAUAUAUAUAAAUAAAACCCAUGGUUAAAAUUAUUCCUGAGUUUGCAGGAACAUAACUAAAACUCUGAGGUUUGUUAUCAACCAAACCGUUUGAAAAUCAGUUUAAAAUUAAUCAAUCUAUGGUUAUUUAAAUUAAUCAAUCUAUGGUUAUUUAAAUUAAUCAGUCUAUGGUUAUUUAAAUUGAUCAAUCUAGGGUUAUUUUAAUGAUACAUACUGUAGACUGGACUGGUAGGAGUGGACGAGCUGACCUUAGCAAGAUGGCCGCCAUGCGCGGACGACUGUGUCUAUUGUCUAACAGCGUGUGUGAGUUUUCUAGAGUUUAUAUAUCUGUGUUUUUACUGCCGAUCAGAGUAAAUCAGUAAAUCAGCUCCGUGUGAAGAAAACAGACAAACUGAAGAAAACAAACUAAAACUCUGACCGACAUCAGGACUCACCAUCAGUCAGGAUCCAGGAAGAGGAUCCAGGAGGAGGAUCCAGGUCCGAACUCCAGAACAGAAACAAAAACAACCAAGAACCCCGACGGUCUGAGUGAAACUGCACAGAUCCGCGGAUAACUUCAGUUUAUAAUCCGGACUAGUCUCCUCCUCGGUCCCCUCGGUCUCCUCCUCCUCCUCCUCGGCCUCCUCCUCCUCCUUCUUCUUCUUCUUCUUGUUGGAUUUGAUUGGCGGCUGGCACUCCUCCUCGGCCUCCUCCUCCUCCUCCUCCGUAGAACUUUAUAAAAACGGACCUUUUUACCGGAUUUAGAGACUUUCGCGGGUUUUUUCUCUUCUCUUUCGCUCUCCGCGCUAAAACACUUCCGGGAUCCAGGAGUCAAACUGAGCGGGAACUGUGCUGUGAUUGGUGGAUUUGGAGUUUGUGGGCGUGGAAAUGGAGCAGGUGUGACAGAAUGAACGAAUGAAGGAAAUGGUGAUGAACGGGUGAAAAGGUAACAACACCAGUCUGAUCCAGGUGUGUGUGUGUGUGUGUGUGUGUGUGUGUGUGUGUGUGUGUGUGUGUGUGUGUGUGUGUGUGUGUGUUUGUGCGUGCGUGCGUGCGUGCGUGCGUGCGUGUGUAGUAUUGAUCCUCUUGUUCAUCAUUAGACAUCAGACAGACGACAAUCUAAUCUCUCCUCCUCUUUAACCUCACUCUCAUCCUCUUCUUACUCCUCUCUCCUCCUUCUCUUAUCCUCUCUCCUCCUUCCUCCUCCUCCUUCCUCUCCUCCUCUCUCUCCUCUUUCCUCUCUCCUCUUUCUCCUCCUCUCUCCUCCUCCUCCUCCUCCUCCUUCCUCUCUCCUCCUUCCUCCCCCUCCUUCCUCUCUCCUCCUUCCUCCUCCUCCUUCCUCUCUCCUCCUCUCUCCUCCUUCCUCCUCCUCCUUCCUCUCUCCUCCUAUCUCCUCCUUCCUCCUCCUCUCUCUCCUCUUUCCUCUCUCCUCUUUCUCCUCCUCUCUCCUCCUCCUUCCUCUCCUCCUCCUCCCUCUCUCUCCUCCUUCAUCCUCCUGUCUCUCCUCUCUCCUCCUUCAUCCUCCUGUCUCUCCUCUCUCCUCCUCUCUUCUCCUUCCUCUCUACUCUUCUCUCCUCCUCCUCCUUCUCACCCCUUUAAUUCAUUCACUUUAGGGAGAGGAAGGAAGUGUGCAUGGAAAGGAAAGAAGGAAGUAGGAAAGGAAAGAAAAGGAAGGAGGAGAGGAAAGGAAGGAAGGAAGGAGGAGGAAAGGAAAGGAAGGAGGAGAGGAAAGGAAAGAAAGAAAUGAAGGUUUGAUAAAAGAAAGUCAGAAUCAAACAAAUUGAGUCCUUUUAGUGGUAUUUAACAGGUGUGUGUGUUUGUGUGUUUGUCUGUGUGUGUUUGUGUUUGUGUGUAUCGUGUUGCUGUGUCUCUGAAUUCUUAUUGAUUUUGACUUUUAAAGAAAUAAUGUGUGUUAAUGAGAUUUAGCUGCUCUACACACGUGUGUUCACACACACACACACACACACACACACACAAAUACACACACAAGUUGUUGGUGUUUCAUGAAAGAGUUUAACGUUGCAUCAGAUGGACUCAUAACCUGCAGAGGUCUCUCUCUCUCUCUCUCUCUCUUUCAUUUAAUCUUUAUUGACACAGGUACUCGUUGACAUUGACACACACACAGACACACACACACAGGCGGUCUUUGUUUUGAUUGACAGCUGUGUUUGUGUUUUUGUUGUUUGUUUAUUGUUGUUUUUGUGUUAACGAGCUCUUAACGAGGCGUCUGUUAACGAGCUGAUUGAAGCGUCUGUGUCUGAUGAUGUCAUUGACGCCACCUUCAGCUCAGGUGUGUGUUUGUUGAUGUGUUUGUGUGUUGCUUUCUAAUGAUUGCUCUGAGGUUGCUGGUUGCUCUCCUUGUAGGUCAUCAGACAGUUUCAGUGAUUUAUGGUCUUUAUUCAUCAGUUUAAACCAGAUCCUGUCCUAACUAAGACCUGUCCUAACUUAGACCUGUCCUAACUAAGACCUGUCCUCACUAAGAUCCUGUCCUAACUAAGAACCUGUCCUAACUAAGACCUGUCCUAACUAAGACCUGUCCUAACUAAGACCUGUCCUAACUUAGACCUGUCCUAACUAAGACCUGUCCUAACUUAGACCUGUCCUAACUAAGACCUGUCCUCACUAAGAUCCUGUCCUAACUAAGACCUGUCCUAACUCAGACCUGUCCUAACUAAGACCUGUCCUCACUAAGAUCCUGUCCUAACUAAGACCUGUCCUAACUUAGACCUGUCCUAACUAAGACCUGUCCUCACUAAGAUCCUGUCCUAACUAAGAUCCUGUCCUAACUAAGACCUGUCCUAACUAAGACCUGUCCUAACUAAGACCUGUCCUCACUAAGAUCCUGUCCUCACUAAGAUCCUGUCCUAACUAAGACCCUGUCCUAACUUAGAUCCUGUCCUAACUAAGACCUGUCCUAACUUAGACCCUGUCCUAACUAAGAUCCUGUCCCAACUAAGACCCUGUCCUAACUUAGACCGGUCCUUAAGUCAGGAACAAACUCUCCCGAUUAGUCUUUGCUGGUCUCUGAUUGGCCCUCACACUGAGCCGGCCUGUGAUUGGUUGGAUGCUUGGCUGUGAUUGGAGCCCUCAGGGUUACUUGAGGAGCACUUCCUGUUUGGUGACCUGUCCGUCAUGAAAUCAGCGUCUGAUUGGUGAACCCUUCCUGAGCGGACAGAGAGACCUGACCCUCUGAGGUGUCCCUCAGGGUUCUGCUGUAGGUCCUCCAGACUUUUGUUCUCAGACUCUACAAGAACAAGUCUGUUUGAACCUUCUGUGGACACGGACUCACUGCAGGACAGCGCCUCGAGUGGUCAUGAGAGGAACAGCAGAUGACAAAUAAAAUUCACUUUCAGCCUCAGAGUUUAAUCUGUGAUCGACUCCGACCGAGAACGAGGAGAACAGGAUUUCAUCUGCAGAACAAAAACAGAGAGAGAGAGAGAGAGAGUCCAUGACUGCACUCCUCCUCCUCCUCCUACUUGAGGGUUCAGAGGAGGAGGAGGAGGAGGAGAAGUUGUCUAAGUUCAUUUAGCUGAAGAGAGCGCAGUGAUGGACUCUUCAUUAUCUCAUCUAAUUAUCUCCUCCUCCUCUCUUUUCACCACAGCCUGGAAAUCCAGGACAAGACUCUCCAGGCCUGGAAAGACGUGUGUGUGUGUGUGUGUGUGUGUGUAUGUGUGUGUGUGUGUGUGUGUGUGUGUGUGUGUGUGUGUGUGUGUGUCAGUGAUUGACAGCUGACAUUAUGUUGUUUAGCAGUAAAAUGUCAAACUCUGAAUCUGCCUGUCGCUCAGUUUGACCCGGUCUGUCUGCAGGUGGGAGGAGCUGAGCGCCGUCAGACACACACACUGAACACACACACACACACUGAACACACACACACACACACACACAGAAGAUGAAAGCUCUUCUAAACUUUGUAACUUGAACUCAGACUGAAACUCUGAGGGUUAAACUCUGUCAGGAGGUUUUUCUGGGGCAGAGGUCGCUGUCAGUCAGACUGAAGAGAAAACGAACGUUUAUUUGACCGUCUGAAAUUAAAAAGGUUCAGAGUUUGUUUGAGUUUAAAGCAGAAGACACUGUAAAAAAAACAACAGGAACCUCUUUAACAGAGCAGGAGUUCUGGUCCGAUCCAAACAUGGACCUCAGGCAGAACCUUGAUGAACUGAACAUGGUUUACUGAUAAAAACAAACAAAAAUAGAGUUAUUAUGAUGAUGAUGAUUAUUAUUAUUAUUGUUGUUGUUGUUGUUAUUAUUAUUAUCAUCAUUGUUAUUAUUAUUGUUAUCAUUGUUAUUAUUAUUAUUAUUAUUAUUAUUAUUAUUAUUAUUAUUAUUAUUAUUAUUAUCAUUAUUAUUAUUAUUAUUAUUUUAUUAUUAUUGUUAUUGUUGUUGUUGUUGUUGUUAUUAUUAUUAUUAUUAUUAUUUUAUUAGUAUUUUUUUUAUUAUUAUUAUUAUAAUCAUUAUUAUUAUAAUUAUUAUUAUUAUGAUUAUUAUUAUUAUUAUAAUAACUUAAACACCAUCAAAGCUGUUUUCUGUCAGUGGUGGGUUUAGUCCAGAGAGAGUUUCAGCCCGACUUUAAAAACAGGUUAUUGAUGAAUCAUCAGAAUCAUUAAUAAUCAGAUCAGCAGAAUAAAAACAGCUGUGACUUUAAUAAAACAGAACGACCUGAAAACAUGAAUUCAGACUUUUUUAAACCCAAAUAUGUUCAAACUUAAAUGAUUCAAAGUUUCUUCAUGAGGAUGAAACUGAUCAGAUGUAUUGAUCUAAACUCUAAUCAAUAAUUCUCAGGACGUUUACGAUCAACUUUACCUUCAAUUCAAAGAACUCACCUGAAAACUGACGUCAAAACACACCUGAGAUAACAGCUGUGACACAACUAAACUGUGUGUGUUUGUGUGUGUGUGUGUGUGUGUGUGUGUGUGUCUGUGUGAUAAUGGCUGUUAAUUAGCUUCUGUUCAAACCAGCUGUAAAUUCUAAUCAUCAGAAAACAAGUUCAUCGUUUGGUGUUAAUGAAGGAGACAGGCCCGAACACGUCACACACACACGGAUACCAACACACACACAAAUACACACACACAAAUACACACACAAAUACACACACACGGUCAGUCUCUUUUCAAUUAGUCUUUAACUUCUCUGUUAGUCUCUGUCCGUGUUGUCUCUCAGAUUAAGUCUCUGUCUCAGAUUUAGUCUCUGUCUCAGAUUUAGUCUCUGUCUCAGAUUUAGUCUCUGUCUCAGAUUUAGUCUCUGUCCGUGGUUCUGAAGUCUCUCAGAUUUAUUUCUCUUUAUUUGUUUUUGUUUUUUUAAACUUGUUUUAUUUUGUUGUUUUAAUCUCGUCUCUCAUUAAACUCUCUCCUAAUUAAAGUUCUUGAAUAUCAACAUGUCGAACACAUGCUGAGAACAUGAUUUCAACAUGAUUAAAACAUCGUCAAAACACGAAGAACUGACAUGUAAGGUCACACACACAACAAACACUCAGACUGUAAACACACACACACACACAGAGCGAGUCUGCAGACAAACAAACAUGAGAGAAGAACACGCCAAGGACACGCUCAGAGCUCCUGGAGAACAUCUGAAGAACACAGAGAGGAGCGUGUUGAGGACACGCCGUCUGACAGCUCCUCUAGUCCAAUUACAGCAGAGGUCAAAGGGCGCGAAUCAUGCUAAUCAUGAGGCAGUGAGCCCUGUGUGUGUGUGUGUGUGUGUGUGUCUGUGAUCAUGUUCCCUAUCUCUGUGAGGACCGAGCUUAGUCUUCUGUGUCUCUUUUCAGGAAAUAUUUACUUCGUCUGUGUGACGAUGUUUUUAUCUGAGUGUGUGUUUCUGUGUGUGUGUCUGUGUGUGUUUCUGUGUGUUUCUGAGUGUGUUUCUCCCUGAGGUGGAGGUUAACUCCACUGUGACGAUCCGAACAAGUUUCAGGUCAGAUUAUCUGAUCAUGAAUGAAUGAAUGAAUGAAUGAAUGAGUGAGUGAAUGAAUGAAGUCUGUCACUGAUAUUUAAACGUCUUCAUUCACGUUUUUCUCACUUUGACUAAAAUCAUGUUUGAUUUUAUAUUUCAUCAGCCAUGGUGUGUGUGUGUGUGUGUGUGUGUGUGUGUGUGUGUGUGUGUGUUGUUGUUGUUGUUGUUGUCGUUGUUGUCGUUGACUUUGUUCUGCUGUAUUUGUGAGGACCUGAUGAUCUCUCACUGACUUCACAUGAACCCCGUCAGGCUCAGACUGAUUGAUCCCUGAUUGAUCCCUGAUUGAUUUGAACUCAAAGAUCAUGAACGGUGAAUAUUCAGUGUUUGUCUCUGCAGUCUCUCAGCUGUUGAUGUUGGUUUAAUGGUUCACAGAGACCAGGUUUUAGUCUGUACCUGAGUGUGUGGUUCACAAAGACCAGGUUUUAGUCUGUACCUGAGUGUGUGGUUCACAAAGACCAGGUUUUAGUCUGUACCUGAGUGUGUGGUUCACAAAGACCAGGUUUUAGUCUGUACCUGAGUGUGUGGUUCACAAAGACCAGGUUUUAGUCUGUACCUGAGUGUGUGGUUCACAAAGACCAGGUUUUAGUCUGUACCUGAGUGUGUGGUUCACAGAGACCAGGUUUUAGUCUGUACCUGAGUGUGUGGUUCACAAAGACCAGGUUUUAGUCUGUACCUGAGUGUGUGGUUCACAAAGACCAGGUUUUAGUCUGUACCUGAGUGUGUGGUUCACAAAGACCAGGUUUUAGUCUGUACCUGAGUGUGUGGUUCACAGAGACCAGGUUUUAGUCUGUACCUGAGUGUGUGGUUCACAAAGACCAGGUUUUAGUCUGUACCUGAGUGUGUGGUUCACAGAGACCAGGUUUUAGUCUGUACCUGAGUGUGUGGUUCACAAAGACCAGGUUUUAGUCUGUACCUGAGUGUGUGGUUCACAAAGACCAGGUUUUAGUCUGUACCUGAGUGUGUGGUUCACAGAGACCAGGUUUUAGUCUGUACCUGAGUGUGUGGUUCACAGAGACCAGGUUUUAGUCUGUACCUGAGUGUGUGGUUCACAAAGACCAGGUUUUAGUCUGUACCUGAGUGUGUGGUUCACAGAGACCAGGGCUGUGUCCGAAAUGGCCUACUACUCCUACUACUCCUACUAACCCCGCCUCUGAAUUGAGUAGGCAGUGCGUUCACACUGUACAGUAUGCGAAUUUUGUGUAUGCGAGAAAUGCCCGGAUGUAUACUCAAUCGGCUUCGAUUUCUGAGUGUGCAACGGAGCUUGCUUCACGUACUGCUUCUGCCCCACAAUGCAUUGCGCACCUCAGCUGGUAAUAUGGCCCUCCUUCCCGAGGCUGAAAAGAAAUAGAUGGCAUGUGAUUGCAAUAAUAAUGAUAUAUAUAUAUAUAUAUAUAUAUAUAUAAAUAGAUAAACAAUAUUUAGUCCGUAUACAUUACACAAUUUUCAUCAUUUUAUCAUAUUUUGAUCUUUUUACCGGAUUUAUUUGUAUUUUAAAUUAGGAUUAUAGGCAAUGUUUUUAACUAUUCGUAUGAAUUGACUUUAUUUAUUUAAGUGUCUAUUAAAGAUGUAUUUAUUACAUCAAGUUUGAGCAUCUUCUCAUCUCUGAAUGCAUCAUCAAAGUGGUCGCUCAUAUUAAGCACAGACCUCUGAUUAAUAAAAAUUAUCUUUGGUAGAGAGCACAUGGUUCAGAAUAUACAAACGGGGGAGUUUCCAGUUGACAAUCUCUGUGAGCUUUACUAAUUCUUACUUGUGAUUGAAAAUCUGAUGGUUUCUGAAAUUAUCAUUGUACAUGAAAAGAAUGUAGUCGGGAAAUGAUGUAUUUGCCAAGGAAUAACCGAACAAGGUCAUAAUAAUUAUGUUGUGUGUUGGUCAUUUUGCAGCCCUCUGCUGCUCAUCACACGCCUAGCAGGUGGUGUAUAGCAUUAUCACCAUGGAUACACGGAUGUUUGUGUGAUUUUUUUCAUCCACUGCCGCCCGGUUUGUGUCGUGUAGAUGUUGAUUAUGAAAACACUUCGCAAUAAUUUGGAAACGUGAAGGGGGAGCUGCUGCUGCCCGGUGUUUACGGUAAAUAGACGCAAACACCGACCAAGCGGACGCUUCGGUCUCCGAAAACGCCGAGACAAAUUUACAAACAGCCACUAUUUCAAACAACUGGGCUCAUAAUCGUGAUGUAAACACUUACUUUCUCGCUAGAAAAAAAUAUUAUUAUUGAAUGAAUUUAUAUAAUUUGUCCGGGAUGCAGUCGUUCUGUGUGGCUUGUGGUAGGACUAUUUAAAUUUUCCCAGCGCUGCGUCCGGCCGGCACGAAAUGCAUUCUGGGGUAUUUAGUAUGUAUGUGUGUAAACGCUCGGGCAGCCGCGGCAUACUCAAAUCAUCUUUGAGUAGUCAGUAGGCAGUAGCUACUGCUUGAGUAGGUAAGUAGAUAGUAGGCAGUAUGCCAUUUCGGACACAGCCCAGGUUUUAGUCUGUACCUGAGUGUGUGGUUCACAAAGACCAGGUUUUAGUCUGUACCUGAGUGUGUGGUUCACAAAGACCAGGUUUUAGUCUGUACCUGAGUGUGUGGUUCACAAAGACCAGGUUUUAGUCUGUACCUGAGUGUGUGGUUCCUCCGUCCCCUUCAGCCUGUUUCUGAUCCCCUCAUAGAUCUGAUGUCAUUAAACGCUCGUUAACCUUCAUCAUCUCUUCAGUCGGCUCCGGGUGAAAGAAGCGGGUUUGGGUUCGAUUCUCUUAAAUAUCAUGUUUUCUUCAUGUUUUCAUCCAUGAGGCGCUGAUGUUUGAGUCCUACACAUGUCAGCGGAACCUUCUUCUUCUUCUUCUUCUUCUUCUUCUUCUUCUUCUUCUUCUUCUUCUGUCUGCUGGUUCUGUGUUUGGUCCAGUUUAGUCUUCUGGUUCUGGUUCUGGUUCUGGUUGAACUCAGACUUUAUGGUUUUUUGUUCAGUUCAGGAAAUCCUGGACUAGACCGGUUCACUAUGAAUACACACACACACACACACACACACACACACGCACACACACACACACACACAGACACACACUGACUGUGGCAGUACAUUAUCGUCACUAUAAUUCCUCCUCACACUCUGACUACAUUUUCUACUUCACAGAGCAGAUUAACUCCAGAGCAGAGUGUCACAGUGUGUGUGUGUGUGUGUGUGUGUGUGUGUGUGUGUGUUAAGUGUCAGUAAGUGUGUGUGUGACUUUCAUUCUUCCUGGAUAUAAAUUUGUGAUGCGUCCUAAUUUCCUGCUCGUAAAUAUGAGCAGUAAUGGAGUGUGUGUGUGUGUGUGUGUGUGUGUGUGUGUGUGUGUGUGUGUGUGUCUGUGUGUGUGUGUGUGUGUGUGUGUGUGUGCUCAUCACAGAACAAAUUGAAAGCUCCGCCUGUCCUGUGUGUCGAUUUACGACCGCGAUCAAAGGAAACAAGGAGAGGAGAUAGGAAAGGAGUUAAGACAGGAGUUAGGACGGAGGAUUAAGGAGGUGAAGAGGACAUAAACUCAGUCUGAGUGUCUAAAGAAACAUUUUUACCUGGUUACCAUGGCGAUAGGUCACUGUGUGUUUCCGUGUGUGCUGUUGAUCAAAGGUCAGAGGUCAAGUGUGAGGUUAUCUAACGUCAAAGAAACGUCAGCCAAUCAGAGAGCUGGAAACUCCGAGUUUAAAAACCCAGAAUCCACUCAGACCUGUGGGAGCGUCAGCUCAGCGGUCAGAGACGUUUGAACAGAUUUUAGUUUCAGUUUCAAUUCUUGAUUUUUGUUUCUGCUCCAUGAAAAACCUUUAAACAGCGUCCUGACUGAGCCGGGGUUAGACCGUCAGAACAAUAAUAAUAAUAAUAAUAAUCAUAAUAAUACUAAUAAUAAUAAUAAUAAUAAUAAUAGUGUUAAUGGUCCUCACGGUCCUCUCGGUCCUCACGGUCGCGGUGUUUCUGCUUCCCUCUCAGUUCGUCUCUUCUGCUGAUUCUCUGUUUGUUUGUUUGUUUGUUUGUUUAAACAGCAUCUGUUCACUGUUUCCUCUGUGUGUGUGUGUGUGUGUGUGUGUGUGUGUUAGUGUCAGCACUUUGUCCUUCUGUAGGCUCAUUAGAGACAGGCAGCAAAGCAUGCUGGGUAAUCGAUACUGCAGAGACCCUCAGAGACCAAAAAAACUCACUUUUGUCUUUUUGUCCUUCUCUUUGUGUGUGUGUGUGUUUACAACCCGUUUCCAUGGAAACCACCGAUGCCUUAAAAGCAGAGGAUGCGCACACACACACACACACACACACACACACACACACACACACACGUCCUCCCCGUGGACACAGACAGAGAGCUGGAGUGACGGGCUGAGCUCAGUGUUAAACUGUGUAACAUCAGAGGAGGGGUGUGUGUGUGUGUGUGUGUGUGUGUGUGUGUGUGUGUGUGGGUGGGGGGGGGGUUAACCUGAUUCUAAUAUGAAGGUGUGUGUGUGUGUGUGUGUGUGUGUCUAAUAAACACAGAGUGAGGAGGUUCACAGAGAGAGAGAGUCCUGUUCUCAGAUCAGGGUUUGGUUUCUCUGCAGCUGCUCUUCUCUCUGUUCUUUGUCUUCUCUGCUUCAUCCCUCCAUCUCUCCUGGGAGACGACAAGAGCAGAGAGAGAGAGAGAGAGAGAGAGAGAGGAAGGGAGUGUGAGUGUGUGUUUUUGUGCCAGAGUGUCCUGUACACACACACUCAGUGUGAAACAUGUUAACAGAACAGAGUCAGAGGAACGUCUGAGAGACAGAAACAGAGAGAGGAAGAGGAAGAGGAGGAGGAGGAAGAGGAGGAGGAGGAGGAGGAGGAGGAGGAGGAGGAGGAGGAGGAGGAGGAAGAGGAAAAGGAGGAAGAGGAGGAGGAGGAAGAGGAGGAGGAGGAGGAGGAGGAGGAGGAGGAGGAGGAGGAGGAGGAGGAGGAUGAUGAUGAUGAUGAGGAUGAUGAUGAUGAUGGUGAUGAUGAUGAUGAUGAUGGUGAUGAGGAAGAUGAAGAGGAUGAUGAUGAUGAUGAUGAUGAUGAUGAUGAUGAUGAUGAUGAUGAUGAUGAUGUUAAUACUGUGAGGUCAUAUUUCGAUCAGGAAACAGCUGCUGAUUGGCUCAGACUCUGUUUCUUGUUUUAAUUUCUUUGUUUUUCGUUGAUCAUAAAUAAAAAACUCAAACUGACUCGGAGUUGAAGGAGCUGAAGGAUUAAAAACAGAGACGGUGAAACUGUGAGGGUCUAAACUAGAACAGACCCAAAGACAGGAGACUUUUAAAGGUCUUCAUCGUCUUACAGGAGACGACACAAAAAUCCACAAACUAACAGAAACCUGUGCAGCUGCUGGGGGGGGGGGCGGCUGACCACCGAUCUGACCGAGGGUACAGGAGAGACGGAGGUCAGAGGAGGGCGAGUCAGAGUGAUCUGACGGAGGAGAGGAGGUUUUUAUGGAGAGGUGAUUACAGAGCGCCGUCAGGUGUGUCCCGCUGCAUUCAGCCUGAAGGUAGGUUGGCCACGCCCCCCAACCACAGCGGGCACUGGUGACGAGAAACAGGAGACGUCUAAACACGACGCUGCCCAAAACAAAACAGAAACAUCGGAACAGAAACAUCGGAACAGAAAUAUCGGAACACGGAGCAGAACAAACUCGUUUAAACUUCUGUCUUGUUCUCAGAGUUUCUCUGACGAUUCGACUGUUUUUACUGUGACACUGACUGAACUCAUCAAAACACACAACUGAACCUUUACUACUGUCUGUGUGUCUGUGUGUGUGUGUGUGUGUGUGUGUGUGUGUGUGUGUGUGUGUGUGUGUCGCUGUGUGUGUCUGUGUGUGUGUGUGUGUGUGUGUGUGUGUGUGUGUGUGUGUGUGUGUGUGUGUGUGUGUGUGUGUGUGUGUGUGUGUGUGUGUGUGUGUGUGUGUGUGUGCAGGUUCUUCCUGAAGUUCUUCCUGAAGUGUAACCAGAACUGUCUGAAAAACGCCGGAAACCCGCGAGACAUGAGGAGGUUCCAGGUAACACACACACACACACGAACACACACACACAGACACACAGACACACAGACACACACACACACACACACACAGAGACACACACACACACACACAGACACACACAGACACACACACACACACACUUACAGAUGAAUUCAUUUCCCCAAAGGGCAGGAUGUGACAGUGGGGGACCUGGAGUUCCCAUAAUGCACUGCAGCAGGGCGGCCUCAGGCUUAUUGCUUUGCAGAUAUAAUAUGAGAGGUCAACAGGGAGCUGUCUGUCCCCGCCUCUGUCCCGCCUGUCUCACCGUCUCGCCGUCUUCUUGGUUCGUCUAAAACAUGUUCGUAUUUCGACCUCAGACUUCGGAGAAAAAACAAAAAAAGAAGAAAAACAGGAACGAUGUGAGAAAUUUGACGAUGUUUGAAUUUGAGGAAAACGUGAUGGGGGGUCGGGGGGGUUAAACUGCUCCUCUUUGUCUCACAGCAGCCAUAUUUCUGCUGUCACACACACACACACACACACACACACACACACACACACACUCUCUCUCUCCACGCUGUGUUGGGCGAGCUGACAGGAUGUUUCGUCCAGUUAAGGUGGGGGAGGGCGGGGGGGUUAGAUGAGUGAGACAGGUGAAGUCAGGUGAAGCCUCGGACUCGUCUGUGGUUGUCGUGGUGACAGCAGGGUGAGGGAUGUGCUGGUUAGUCACCGUGGCGACAGAGACGACACCUAUACCUGCUCCGGUGACCUCCUGCUCCGCCGCCAUGGAUCAACAGCAACAACCUCGCCACACCAACCAGCCGGGGAUGAUGAAUGGCUGACCCUGAGAGGGGCGGUGACAUCACAGGGGGCGGGGCUACAGAGGAGAGGAUAGUGACAGACGGCACAGAUCCGAGAAAACAUGUCGAAGACGACAGAUCGAUGGUUCAGAUUAUACUGAUUAAAUAAUCCUGAUUAAAAAAACCUGAUUUAAUAAUCCUGAUUAAAUAAUCCUGAUUAAAAAAACCUGAUUUAAUAAUCCUGAUUAAAUAAUCCUGAUUAAACAAACCUGAUUUAAUAAUCCUGAUUAAAUAAUCCUGAUUUAAUAAUCCUGAUUAAAUAAUCCUGAUUUAAUAAUCCUGAUUUAAUAAUCCUGAUUAAAUAAUCCUGAUUUAAUAAUCCUGAUUUAAUAAUCCUGAUUAAACAAACCUGAUUUAAUAAACCUGAUAUUUUUUUAACAUUUAAGAGUCAAAGAGGACAGAUCUGUGGUUCAGAUUAUACUGAUGAAAUAAUCCUGAUUAAAAAAACCUGAUUUAAUAAUCCUGAUUAAAAAAACUGAUUUAAUAAUCCUGAUUAAAGAAACAGAUUUUUAAGAGUCAAAGAGGACAGAUCUGUGGUUCAGUUUUUCCAACUUUAGCUUUUUUAUUCAAAGUUUCUAAGAAUUAAAUUUUUGUUUUUCAGUUUCACCUUUUAGAUAAACUUUUUUUUAUCAGCUCGUCUGUUUUUUAAAGUCAUUUCUAAAAUUCCCCGAGUUUGUUUUUUUUUAGACAAUCUUUUGUUCAGAACAAAAACAGUCUGAUGUCUGAUCAAACUGAAAUUCACACCAAGCGUCUCAUUGGCUGAAGGACUGUCAUGUGACACAGAGUUUGUUUUUUCAGGUGGUGGUGUCAACAACAGUCAACGUAGACGGACAUGUUCUCGCCGUCUCUGACAACAUGUUUGUUCACAACAACUCCAAACAUGGCCGACGCGCCCGGAGGCUGGACCCAUCUGAAGGUAGGCGGGGCUUAAUGUGUGUCAGCCAAUCAGAGGAAGACAGACUUAUAGACAAUGUAAGAUAAAACAGAGCAGGACCCGGAUCAGAACCCUGAGGAACUUUAAACACAAGGUUUUCAAUUGGGACGCCAUGUUGAACCUGAAGAGAUGAGAUAAACAUCUUCACAAUCACCAUCAUCACCAUCAUCUUCAUCAUCAGAUGGUAACAUAGAUGUAUAGAUAUAUAGAUAUAUAGAUGUAUAGAUGUAUAGAUGGAGGAACUCGUCUGUCCUCGUUCGGCUCUGAAGUCAUGAUAAAGUAAAACAGGAGAGAGGCUGUAAAAUCAACUCAAGUCUUCAUGAGGAGAUUAACUGCUCACACACACAUACAUGCACGUGCACACACACACACACACACACACACACACACACACACUGCUUUCAUUUCACUUUAUAAUUAAUCUGCAGACGCUCUUGAAAGGCGAGAGAGAAGUAGUCAUUACCGGCUGCUGAGUGUGUGUGUGUGUGUGUGUGUGUGUGUGUGUGUGUGUGUGUGUGUGUGUGUGUUUGGACUAAACUAAAGCGGAUAAAAGCCACAACCCAAUUAAAUCACAUUCUCAGAAUGUGUGUUUCAGUGUGUGUGUGUGUGUGUGUGUGCGUGUGUGUGUGUGUGUGUGUGUGUGUGUGUGUGUGUGUGUGUGUGUGUGUGUGUGUGUGUGCGUGUGUGACCUGCAGUCAAGUUAAAACCUCUUUACAGGGUUUUCUGCUGAUUCUGGACCCUCAGAGGGUCAAAACUGAGUCUGUGAAUAAAGAAAAAUUUUCUAUAAACUCAGAGUCAGAUUAAAUAAUCCUGAUAAAGGAAUCCUGUUUAAGUAAUCCUGAUUAAAUAAUCCUGAUUAAAUAAUCCUGAGUAUAUAAUCUGAGUUUAUCUGAUCCAGACGUUGGGAGUUCAGGUUCAGAGGACUCAGAGAUGAAGUACUCUCUGUAGUAUUAGUACUCUGAACAGCAUCAGAUGAAGUAUUUAUACUUUCCUGAUCAGGUCAAGAUUUUCUGUUCAGAGAAAUUAAGAGUCUGUGAGUCCAAUUAUAUAAUAAUAUUAAUAACAGUGUCUCUCUGUCUCUCUCUCUCUCUUCCGUCUCUCUCUCUCUCCCUCUCUCUCUCUCUCCCUCUCUCUUCCGCCUCUCUCUCUCUCCCUCUCUCUCUCUCUCUCUCUCUCUCUCUCUCUCUCUCUCUCUCUCUCUCUCUCUCUCUCUCCCUCUCUCUCUCUCUCCGUCUACGUGUCCUCGCCGCGUCCCGGCGUCCAGCAGCCACGCCCUGUAUCAAAGCCAUCAGUCCCAGUGAGGGUUGGACCACAGGCGGCGCCACCGUCAUCCUGAUCGGGGAUAACUUCUUUGACGGUCUUCAGGUGGUCUUCGGGACCAUGCUGGUGUGGAGCGAGGUAACCGACCCUGAUGGAGGUCACAUGAUCAGUUCAGAGGUCACAGAUGUUUCAGACCGGGUCUUUGAAGGACUUUCAUAGACAUAGACAUAAUACACAUAGAUGCCUCACAGACUGACGCUGCCUAUUGGAGCUGACAUAUCAGCACAGCCGCCAUCUUGGAGGGAAUACCUGAGACCCCAGCAUGGAAUUAGGCAUCUAGGUAGAUUAUGUCUAUUUUAUAUCUGUAGGUCAAACAGUACAACUGACCUUUGACCCCUCUGAUCAUAGACCGCUCUCACCCUCAGCUCAUAUCCCAUCUGUUAACAUGGAGGAGGCGGGGUUUAUCAGCUGUACUGCAGACUGUCAGCAGGGGGAGCUCUGACUGUUUUAACCUCUAACACACCUGUCUGCCCCUCCCCCCCAGCUGAUCACCCCUCACGCCAUCCGGGUUCAGACCCCGCCCCGUCACAUCCCCGGGGUCGUCGAGGUCACAUUGUCCUACAAGUCCAAACAGUUCUGCAAGGGAGCGCCGGGACGCUUCGUCUACACAGGUAACACACCUGAGGACCGCCGCAGAGGUUCGAAUUGGCCCCGCCCCCGUCUCCUUCUCCUUCCUGAUGUGUCCUCUCUCCUUGUCUCCUCUCUGUCCUUCCUUCCUUCCCUCCUCUCCUCUGCAGAGGUGUUUCAUUUCACACUAAUUACACACAUUUAAAUCCCAUUAACCCUCAGACACACACACACACACACACACACACACACACACACACACACACACACACAGCUCUGUACGUGUCAGCGUGAUGUCAUCAGUCACAUGACCUCCAGCCUCCUACAGCAGCUGUUUUCACGCCUCACUGCGUAGCCCUGCUCCCCCGCACUCCCAGCAUGCUUUGCUCAAAUUCAUUUACAGAGAGAGUGGAGAGGGGGCGGAGUCAGAGCGGGUUACCUAGGUAACCUAAAUAUACCACAUUCAGGUCAGUCUGCAUGAUCCUGGUCCUGGUUCUGAUCAUACUGAUGAUUCCUUUGUUUAAACCCCUGAUUCUGGAUCAGGAUCUGAUGUUUAAACCCAAACCGGAUCAGAACCAGGAUCCGCUGUUAGAGUGUUCAGUUCCUCAGCUGUCCUCCAGGGGCGCCGUUAACCACAUACACGCUCAUUAAAAAAAGCAAAAAUCCGAUUGGACCUGAACGCCUCGUUUCUCUCUGUUGUCACAUGUUCAAGUUAAUCAAGUCACAAGAUCAGCCAAUCAGAGGCAGAGCUGACCUGAUUGACAGGCGGCUCAGUUCUUUACUGUUUAGCAGUAAAACAGGAACAGAUCACCGGACCACCAGAACGUAAAAAACCAACAUCAAAAUCAGCAAUACUGUCACAAGAGCUCAGAGCAAUAAAAUGGAAAAAAUAAUAAUAAUAAUUUAAAAAUAAGUUAAAAAAAAACAAUGGAAAUAAUUUAAAAUUAAUAAAUCAAAAAACCAAAAUUAUUUUUCAAAAAGUAAAAAAUUUAAAAAAACAUUAUAAAACAAAAAACAAUAAAACAAAUUUAAAAAUUAAAUCAAAUAAAAAUCAAACAACAAUAAUUUUAAAAAAAAAAAAACAAAAAGCAACAAUAAUACUAAAAAAUAUGAAAAAUACAAUUAAUUAAUUUAAAAAAUAAAACAUAAAACAAUAAAAAUAAUUUUAAAAAAUAAGAAAACAAAAAUAAUUUAAAAAAGGAGAACAAAAAAAAGAAUAAUUUUAAACAAUACAUAAGAUAAUUAAAAUAACUGUUGUCCUUUUGGUCACUAAACUGCUGCCCAGAAUGGAGAAGAACACAUGAUCAUCGCUGGAUUUGUCGAAUGUAUAUUUGUUCACACACUGUGGCUGUUGGCGAGGAGGCUGAAGGCCCGCCUCUGAUAGGUCGACUGAAAAUUAGGCUGAGUCAGCAUUUCUUAUCGGCUUCAGAACUUAACGUCUGAUGAUGAACAGGAGAGUUUACAGGUGGACAGGAAGUGAAGAUGAACCUUUAAUGAAGAGGUCAGUCCCUUCACAGUCUUUGGACCCGUGUUCACCUUUAGUGGCGCUGCGGCCGAGCGACUCAUUCUGCUGCUGCACAGACAGACUCACAGAAUCACAACCAGUAUUGAUGGAGACGUAUUGAUCAGUGUCUGAGCUGACACACACACACACACACACACACACACACACACACACACACACACACACACACACACACACACACACACACACACACACACACACACACACACACACACACACACACACACACACACACACACAGUGAGGAUUUUCAGUAUGAAAACACUGAGAAGUGGGCGGGACUACAUUUCCCAUCAUCCUCAGCUGUUGGAGCUCCUGUCAGACUGACCACGUCUUCAUUAACGCCCUCUCAGUCACAGUGCAUGCUGAGUAAAUUCCUCCAGCUGUUUCCAUGGCGAUGAUGCUCAGAGUUAUUGAUCAGCUCAAUAUUCAGUCUGACGCUCAUCGUCAAAGCCAACUAACCAAUCAGAGUAACAGAGGAGGUGAAAGGUCAAUAACAUGAAUCAUCCGUCAGUACGGUUUUAGAGUCUUUGAAAGGGUGACUGUCUGAGACAGCUGUAAGGUUCUGGUUCUGGUUCAAUCUGGUGGACUCUGACCCGUGGUUGAAAACCUGCGAACAUGAGUCCUACCUGCAGAGGUAAACCUGAAGGACCAAUCAGAGCGCAGGGUUACAGUGACAUCAGCUGAGGGGAGGAGUUUCAACUGAUGAGGACAAGAGGAGAGACAGAGAACGGCUCAGAGUGACCCAGAAACACACACACACACACACACACACACACACACAGCUGACAAUAAACACAAGGUCACACACACAGAAACACACAAACACUCCGACACACACACACACACACACACACACACACACACACACACUGAAGGAGCGCUGAAGAUAACACAGACAUCCUCAGAGCGAACACACACUCUGAUAACUGCUGCUUGUUACGCCCUGUGAGCCUUCAAGGACUGAACACACACACACACACAGACACACACACACACACACACACACACACAGACACACACACACACUCAUGUUGUUUGUGAUGUAUAGGAGAGUCAGUCUAAAGCUUGUUAAACACAGCUGAACCAAGACGGGAUUAUGAUUCAUGCUCCUCACACACACACACACACACACACACACACACACACACACACACACACCCUCUGUGCUCUGCUGCGUUCACUGGCGCUCAGAUUUAUCGGCUCUCAGUUUAAACAGUGUCAGAGCUCCUGAAGAUAAAACUCGCUCUGAUUGGACGGUUCAUCUGUCAGUCAAACACAAACUUCAUAUUUUAUAGAUUUAUAUUCAAAUGGACCUGAAACCUGUUUGUUCAUGAGGAUUAAAAUGUUGAAUAUAGACGCUCAGAUUAAAUCUUCACACACUGAAGUUCACUGAGGGACCAGAGGGGGCGCUGUUGUUGAAAACACUCCAACCUGCCGUGGAAACAUGAACCCACUUACGCUCUCCUCUCAUAGUCUUUACAAUCCUGGUUCUGACCCGGUUGGAGUGUAAACAGGAUAGUCUGGUUCACCUGCACAGGUACCACAGGAGAGGGUCUGGGUCCAGUCUUUGGUUCUGAAAGAGUUCAUGAUGAAGUGGACUUUAGAGAACUCAUCAACAUGCUGAUCGGUUCAGACCGUCUAUAACACAUACGGAUCAGAACCAGGGUCAGAACCAGGGUCAGAACCUUGGAGACACACGGAUCAGAACCAGGGUCAGAACCUUGGAGACACACGGUUCUGUUCAUUCAGGUUUCAAAGUUCUGGUUUCAAACCCGGCCUCUGAUUGGUUCCUCUCUCCUCCUCAGCCUUAAAUGAACCAACCAUAGACUACGGCUUCCAGAGGUUACAGAAGGUCAUCCCCCGUCACCCCGGAGACCCCGAGAGACUGCCCAAGGUACCACACACACACACACACACACACACACACACACACACACACACACACACACACACACACACACACAGACACAGAGUGUUGUUUAAACACAGACAGCCUCUGAUUGGUUGUUUUUUCUGCUGUUUUUCCAUCAGUCUGUUUUCUGCUCGGCUGCUCAGAUUAUCAUCAGCUGCAUCUCCUGAUUCUGCUGUUUGUACAUUUACUGCUGUCUCUUUAACACACACACUCACACACACACACACACUCACACACACACACACACACACACACACACACACACACACACACACACACACACACACACACACUCAGAGUCUGUGUGUGUUACAGACACACACGUCGUUUCUUUAUCAAACUCUGUUUCUGUUUGUAGUUUUUCAUUUUCUCUGUGAUUUUAUUUUUGAUCUUUAGGUUUUUAUUUCCACUUCUUCUUCUUCUUCUUCUUCUUCUUCUUCUUCUUCUUCUUCUUCUUCUUCUUCUUCUCUUCCUUCUCUUCCUUCUCUUCCUCUUCUUCUUUCUCCUCUUCUCUUUUUCUUCUUCUCUUCCUUCUCUUCCUCUUCUUCUUUCUCCUCUUCUUCUUCUUCUUCUUCUCUUCCUUCUCUUCCUCUUCUUCUUUCUCUUCUUCCUUUUCCCUUGCUCAGUCUUUCCCUCUCCUUGUUGUUUUCAUUGACAGUGUUUCCUAAUCUCUAAUUAGACCAGGUUCGUUCAGAUUAACUUAAUCUGAGAUUACGGGGAUUUGAAUAAAUCUGACUCUGAAGUUUUUGGUAUUUUCGUCAUUUUGAAUCACAGAAUCUGAGUUUAUUUCUAAAUAUUGAUCCAGAUAGUUCCGACUUCAGGGACCGUCUGCAAACUGACUCAGUCUGCUCAGGAGAAAAAAACGAUCCCUUAAAUUCUGCUGAUCCGAUCAGAGACGGCCUGGUCGGAUUAAGGGGAACUAUUUUAGUACAACAAAGAACUACAGAGUACUUCAGAGAACUACAGAGUACUUCAGAGUACAACAGAGUACCAGUCAGAGUACUUUAGAGUACAACAGAGUACUCUGACUGGUACUGUAGUGGAAACAGAACUUUACUGUGGUGGAGUAUUUUCUUCAUCACAGACGGUUCUGAGGAGGACUGAGGCUACAACCAGAACCUGAACCUGAGUCUGUGUCUGAGAGGGUCUUCAAAGUUCUGUUUCUAAACCCGUCCAGAAAGAACCGAAACCAAGAAAAGACCUCAGACUGAAAUCAGGAGGAGAAGAAGGAGGAGGAGAAGAAGAAGGAGGAGGAGGAGAAGAAGGAGGAGGAGGAGGAAACUGUAAAUAUCUGCUGUCAGUGGACCAAUCAGAGUUCAUGUCUUUACUCUUUUAGAAGGUAGAAAUUAGGCUCCGCCCACAAACCUUAAGGUUCAGGAGGAAUUACAGGUCAGACUGUCACUCAAACUGACCAAUCAGAGAGCGAGUCAGACACACACACAGACACACACAAACACACACACACACACACACACACACAGACACACACACUCACACACACACACACACACACACUCACACACACACACAAGCGCUUUCACUUUUAAUUCAAUCAUUUCUGAAAUGUGUGAGUGUGUGUGUGUGUGUGUGUGUGUGUGAGUGUGUGUGUGUGUGUGUGUGUGUGUGUGUGUGUGUGUUUGUAAAGCCUGUUGGCAAACAUGGAGGUUGAAACAGUCAAAUCAGGUAAUCAGCGAGUGCAGCCAUGUGGCAAGAAAUGAGAUUGGCGCACACACACACACACACUCACACACACACUCACACACACACUCACACACACACACACACUCACACACUCACUCACACUCACACAUUCACACACACACUCACACUCACACACUCACACACACACUCACACUCACACACUCACUCACACACACACACACACUCACACACACACUCACACUCACACACUCACACACACUCAUACACACUCACACACACACACACACCCUCCGCUGUGAUUAUCAGUGUUUUCUUAUCAGAUUUGUAAAAAGUCGCUGAGUCUGUUUUUACUGUUUUAUUCUGACGUCGCUGCUGAAGAGCAGGAACUGAAGACCCAGUUCAGGUUCUGUGAACCCGGACUAGACUCGGGUCUGACCGGGUCUCAGUCUGGGUCUCGGUCUGGGUCUCAGUCUGGGUCUACAGCGGACCCCUCCGUGUGUUUAUGAAGCAGUGAAGUGUCCGUGUUUACUUCCUGGUCUCUUAAACACCUCAGAGGUCGUUCACCUGAAAAUCAACCACAGACUCUUUCCUGUUUUCAUCCAAUCAGAGGGAAGUCUGAAGGAGUGACAGGUUAACUCCUCCCACCUGAGGAACCUUUGGAUUAGUUGUAUCAGGAUUCUCUGUUUCUGUUCUUCCUCCUGUGAUGAAGGUGAUGGAACCGUCGGGGGGCGGAGGUUAGGCAAACAAGGGGGCGGGGUUAAUUGCUGGAUCAGCAAGGGGGCGUGGCCUGGCAUUGAAGUAGGGGUGGAGUUAAUUGAAAGGCUUCAGUUGAAGUCGUUAAUGAAAAGCAGCAGAUUAACGGAGAGUGUUUAAUUAAGAUAAAGACGCACUGAAGCAGAGGGCUGCUGCUGCACCUGAUUACACACACAGACACACAAACACAGACACACACAGAGACAGAGACACACAGACAGACACACACACACACAGAGUGACAGAGACACACACACACACAUACACACACAGAGACAGAGACAGAGACACACACACACACACAGACACAGAGACAGAGACACACACACACACACACACAGUGACAGAGACACACACACACACACACACACACACACACAGAGACACACACAGAGACACACACACACACAGAGAGACACACAGAGACACACACACACACACACAGAGACACACACACACACACACAGAGACACACACACAGACACACACACACACAGAGACAGAGACACACACACAGAGACACACACACACACACACAGAGACACACACACAGACACACACACACACAGAGACAGAGACACACACACAGAGACACACACACACACACAGACACAGAGACACACUCAGAGCUGUUUGUUCGACACUAAGUGAUCAUUGAAAUGAAGUGGUUCAGAGUGUGUGUGUGUGUUCUUGUUGAGGUGUAACUGAGCUCCUUUAAAUCCAUCAGGAGGACACACACACACAGUCUGUGUGUGUCUGUGUGUGUGUGUGUGUGUGUUUGUUCACAGGUAGAUUAAAACUCAGGUGAGCUUCAGACCUCCUCUCUGAGACCAGGUUCAGGUUUUUACUGUUUGUGUCUCUGGUCACAUGAUCACACUGCCCCCCCCCCCACACUCACAGACACACACAGACACACACACACACGAAUCCAUCUGUUCAUCCUCCUUCUCUCUCCUGCAGGAGGUGCUGUUAAAGAGAGCAGCUGACCUGGUGGAGGCGCUCUAUGGAAUGCCCCAUAACAACCAGGUAAGGUCUGUCCACCUGUCCACCUGUCCACCUGUCCACCUGUCCAUCUGUCCAUCUGUCCAUCUGUCCACCUGUCCAUCUGUCCACCUGUCCAUCUGUCCAUCUGUCCACCUGUCCAUCUGUUCACCUGUCCAUCUGUCCAUCUGUCCACCUGUCCAUCUGUUCACCUGUCCAUCUGUCCACCUGCACACCUGUCCACCUGUCCACCUGCACAGAGGCCUCAGGUAGCUGCUGGUUUGAAGUCUUCAGUCUCGGUCUGGUCCAUGACUUCAGAGACGUUCUCUGGUCACAUGAUCAUUUCCACACUAACCUCACACCGUCACGUCUCAGCCUCCCAGUAUCAGCUUCUACUAAUGAUCAGAUCUAUGAUCCUGUACAAAACAGAACGACAUCACGCCAGAUAUGAGAGGAGAUGAUAUAUGAUAAAAUUCAUGUGAGAUAAGAUGAUAUAUGAUAAGAUUGAGAUGAGCUGAUCUAUGAUAACCCUGAGAUGAGACGUCUGCAGUGAGACGUCUGCAGUGAGACGUCUGCAGUGAGACGUCUGCAGUGAGACGUCUGCAGUGAGACGUCGUCUCCCGUCGCUCCGUUCUCUUUGUCUCCAUCAGGAGUUUGUCGUAGACUCAGUUCCAGUCAAACUAAAGUCAGAUCUUCACUGACCUUCACUCAAACAUGUAAACAGGAGAUUUUCUGACUUUCUUGUAAACAUUAUAGUAAACAUAUUUCCCAUAAUGCUCAGCGGGCAGGACGUCCCCCACCCGCCGCAGGUUUAUGACUCAGAACCUCCUGAAACACCGAAACACUUUAUAUUCACUCCAUCCUGCUCCUGAACGCUCCCCGACACGCUCCCACACCCACAGUUAAUCAGCCUAAACACACACACUCGAACACACACACACACACUGUGGGAGAGGACUCUAAUACACACUGACACACACUGACACACACUGACACACACUGACACACACAAAGAGCAGCUCUGGUGGAUUGUAGAGUAACCUUGAACAGAGGUUGCAAACAAAUGUAAAUUCAACUGUAUUAACAAGAAUUACUGUGUGUGUGUGUGUGUGUGUGUGUGUGUGUGUGUGUGUGUGUGUGAGUGUGUGAGUGUGUGUGUGUGUGUGUGUGUGUGUGUGUGUGUGUGUGUUUGACUCUGUGUGUUUCCUGACACAUGCUCUCCUCUUGUGUGUUUUGAUGUGACUCAGAAACAUGAAUCUUUGCCUGAUAGGUGAACAGACUGUGUGAGUGUGUGUGUGUGUGUGUGUGUGUGUGUGUGUGUGUGUGUGUGUGUGUGUGUGUGUGUGUGUGUGUGUGACUGAGAGUUGGUUCAGCUUUCAUUGAAAAGAGUUUACAGAGUUUUAAAAUCAUUUUAAAUCUGUUUAUAUUAUAUUCAGUGUUGAACCUCCACAGUGUCGACGUGUUUAGAAGGCGGACAGAAAAAUAACCACCAAUCAGGAUGUAGAUAAAACACCACAGACUGUCUUAAUCCCCUGAGAUUAUCCUGGUCUCUAUGACCCUCUGAGUGUAAACAUGGUCAUUAAAUACACUCUUAAUCUGUGUGUGUGUGUGUGUGUGUGUGUGUGUGUGAGCAGGAGAUCAUCCUGAAGAGAGCGGCCGACAUCGCCGAGGCGCUCUACAGCGUCCCAAGAAACCACAACCAGAUACCAUCGCUAGGCAACACCGCCUCCCAUGGCAUGAUGGGAGUUAACUCCUUCAGUGGACAGCUCGCCGUCAACGUGUCCGACUCGACACAAGGUACAGAACCAGGAGCAGGUCCAAACAGGUCCACAUGUAGGCCGUGAGUGUUGAACUAUUUUAACCCCGUGUUGACCUUUACAGUUGGCUACAGUCGUAACACGAGCAGCGUGUCGCCACGAGGAUACGUUCCAAGCUCCACCCCCCAGCAAAGUAACUAUGGCAACACUGUCAGCAACAGCAUGAAUGGCUACGGAAACACAGGCAUGCCAAACCUCGGGGUCGCAACGUCACCAGGUUUCCUCAACGGCUCGUCUGCAAAUUCCCCCUACGGCAGUAAGUAUCAAGGUAAAUACCAUUAUUACUACCAUAACUACCAUAACUAAACAUAACUAACCAUAACUACCAUAACUAACCAUGACUAACCAUAACUACCAUAACUAAUAUUACUGCAAAUUCCCCCUACGGCAGUAAGUAUCAAGGUAAAUACCAUUAUUACUACCAUAACUAACCAUAACUAAACAUAACUAACCAUAACUACCAUAACUAACCAUAACUACCAUAACUACCAUAACUAAUAUUACUGCAAAUUCCCCCUACGGCAGUAAGUAUCAAGGUAAAUACUAUUAUUACUAUCAUAACUAACCAUAACUACCAUAACUACUAUAUCUAACCAUAACUACCAUAACUAACCAUAACUACCAUAACUACUAUAUCUAACCAUAACUACCAUAACUACUAUAUCUAACCAUAACUACAAUAACUAACAAUAACUAACAAUAACUACCAUAACUAACCAUAACAACCAUAACUAACCAUAACUACCAUAACUACUAUAUCUAACCAUAACUACAAUAACUAACCAUAACUACCAUAACUAACCAUAACUAACCAUAACUACCAUAACUAACCAUAACUACCAUAACUACUAUAUCUAACCAUAACUACCAUAACUACUAUAUCUAACCAUAACUACAAUAACUAACAAUAACUAACAAUAACUACCAUAACUAACCAUAACUACCAUAACUAACCAUAACUAACCAUAACUACCAUAACUACCAUAACUAACCAUAACUACCAUAACUAACCAUAACUACCAUUACUACCAUUACUAACCAUAACUACCAUUACUACCAUAACUACCAUAACUAACCAUAACUACCAUAACUAACCAUAACUACCAUUACUACCAUAACUAACCAUAACUACCAUAACUACAAUAACUAACAAUAACUACCAUAACUAACCAUAACUACCAUUACUACCAUAACUAACCAUAACUACCAUAACUACAAUAACUAACAAUAACUACCAUAACUAACCAUAACUACCAUAACUACCAUAACUAACCAUAACUACCAUAACUAAUAUUACUGCAAAUUCCCCCUACGGCAGUAAGUAUCAAGGUAAAUACCAUUAUUACUACCAUAACUAACCAUAACUAAACAUAACUAACCAUAACUACCAUAACUAACCAUAACUACCAUAACUAAUAUUACUGCAAAUUCCCCCUACGGCAGUAAGUAUCAAGGUAAAUACUAUUAUUACUAUCAUAACAACCAUAACUACCAUAACUAACCAUAACUAACCAUAACUACCAUAACUAACCAUAACUACACUAACUACUAUAUCUAACCAUAACUACCAUAACUACUAUAUCUAACCAUAACUACAAUAACUAACAAUAACUACCAUAACUAACCAUAACAACCAUAACUAACCAUAACUACCAUAACUACUAUAUCUAACCAUAACUACAAUAACUAACCAUAACUACCAUAACUAACCAUAACUAACCAUAACUACCAUAACUAACCAUAACUACCAUAACUACUAUAUCUAACCAUAACUACCAUAACUACUAUAUCUAACCAUAACUACAAUAACUAACAAUAACUAACAAUAACUACCAUAACUAACCAUAACUACCAUAACUAACCAUAACUAACCAUAACUACCAUAACUACCAUAACUAACCAUAACUACCAUAACUAACCAUAACUACCAUUACUACCAUUACUAACCAUAACUACCAUUACUACCAUAACUACCAUAACUAACCAUAACUACCAUAACUAACCAUAACUACCAUUACUACCAUAACUAACCAUAACUACCAUAACUACAAUAACUAACAAUAACUACCAUAACUAACCAUAACAACCAUAACUAACCAUAACUACCAUAACAACCAUAACUAACCAUAACUACCAUAACUAACCAUAACUACAAUAAUUAACAAUAACUAACAAUAACUACCAUAACAACCAUAACUAACCAUAACUACCAUAACUAAUAUUUAUACAAAGUCCCCUUCGGUAGUUCUGCUCUGACUGCAUGAAACUGGUUGGUAUAACUGGUUAAACUGGUUGGUAUAACUGGUUAAACUGGUUGGUAUAACUGGUUAAACUGGUUGGUAUAACUGGUUAAACUGGUUGGUGUAACUGGUUAAACUGGUUGGUAUAACUGGUUAAACUGGUUGGUAUAACUGGUUAAACUGUUUUUUGCUCUUUUUGUUUCAGUUGUUCCCUCAAGUCCGACCAUGGCGGUCUCUAACUGUAACUCCUCCCACGGCGUUUUCUCGUUCUCUGCCGCCGUCAAACAGAAGAGCGCCUUCGCUCCUGUUGUACGACCGUCUGCGUCUCCUCCUCCUCCGAACUGCUCCAACAACAACUCCAACGGGCUGCAAGGUGACUCCUCAACUCCAACCUGCUGACACACCUCAUAGAUACACUCCUCCUCAGUCCUGACCACACCUCCUCAGUCCUGACCACACCUCCUCAGUCCUCAUAGUCCUCCUCUGUGACCGCAGGAAUAACAGUACUCUGUUAUCGGAGCGAUUUAAAUAUUUUUACGGAAUAUUUCAGAUAUUUAAAUAUUUUUAUGUAAUAUUUUAUUUAUUUUAAAUAUUUUUACAGAAUAUUUUAGAUAUUUUAAAUAUUUUUAUGGAAUAUUUUAGAUACUUUAGAUAUUUUAAAUAUUUUUACGGAAUAUUUUAGAUAUUUUAAAUAUUUUUACGGAAUAUUUUAGAUAUUUUAAAUAUUUUUAUGGAAUAUUUUAGAUACUUUAAAUAUUUUUACAGAAUAUUUUAGAUUUUUAAAUAUUUUUACGGAAUAUUUUAUAUAUUUUAAAUAUUUUUACGGAAUAUUUUAGAUAUUUUAAAUAUUUUUACGGAAUAUUUUAGAUAUUUAAAUAUUUUUAUGGAAUAUUUUAGAUAUUUUAAAUAUUUUUACGGAAUAUUUUAGAUAUUUAAAUAUUUUUAUGGAAUAUUUUAGAUAUUUUAAAUAUUUUUACGGAAUAUUUUAGAUAUUUUAAAUAUUUUUUUCUGAUAAAUUCAGAUGAGAGACGAUGAGACCAGAAAAGGAUGAGACGGUUAAAAACAAAAAUCUGUGCAGCUGAAAUCAAUCGUCUGUAAUGUUUAAGUGAAUGAAAGAGGAGCAAACGAUUCACUGCUGAUUUAGUCAUGUCAGCCACACACACACACACACACACACACACAGUGUCAGGGUGGGUAACCUGAGUUGUGUUAGUAUUUCAUGGAGAGUGACAGGCCAAUCCAUGUUUUAUUCACUACAACCCACAGAUACAUCCUCUUAACACACAAGCACACACACACACACACACACAGGCUCUGUGUGUGUGUGUGUGUGUGUGUGUGUGUGUGUGUGUGUGUGUGUGUGUGAUGUCAGUGUUUCUGACAGAGAGGUUUGUUGAGUGUUAAAUAUUCAUGCUGCUCUCCGCCUUCACACAGAAAGGCCACACUGUGUUUGUGUGUGUGUACUUGUGAGUGUGUGUAUGUGUUUGUGUGUGUGUAUGUGUUUGUGUUUUAUGUGUGUGUUUGUUGUUCCAUUAGCAGAUGUAUAAGCACAGUUUAAUAAAGACUUUAUUUUGAAGUAAUAAGAGGACUUUAUUUUGAAAGGACAGUUUCCACAGUUUAUUAUUAUUAUUAAUGACAUAAGAAGUGAUUAUAAAUCAAAGUCACACCCGUGGACAGCAUGUCCGCUCCGCUCCACCGUCAUGUGAUCAUGUCUUUAUAAUCAGGUGUGUGUUUGAGAGGAUCAAUAAUAUCAAUAAUAUCAAUAAUAUCAAUAAUAUCAAUAAUAUCAGUUGGAGAGUUUAGAGACUCAUGAUGGACGAGAGAGCCUGCUCUGAUUUAACCCUCCCUCUCUCUCUCUCUCUCUCUCUCUCUCUCUCUCUCUCUCUCUCUCUCUCUCUCUCUCUCUCUCUCUCUCUCUCUCUCUCUCUCUCUCUCUCUCUCUCUCUCUCUCUCUCUCUCUCUCUCUCUCUCUCUCUCUCUCUCUCUCUCUCUCUCUCUCUCUCUCUCUCUCUCUCUCUCUCUCUCUCUCUCUCUCUCUCUCUCUCUCUCUCCCUCUCUCUCUCUCUCUCUCUCUCUCUCUGCAGCCAUGUCCGGCCUCGUCGUCCCUCCGAUGUAAACCUUCCUCCUCCUCCUCCUCCUCCUCCUCCUCCUCCUCUUUGAUUCUUCUCCACCUCAGCCACGAGCACCAAUCACCUCAGAGGAGGCGGGGCCUGUGACCUCAGGAGGCGGGGCCUCUGGCAGCAGCUGACCAAUCAGAGCAGACUAAAGUGUCUGAGCGCACAGAAGAGGACAAAGAGAGGGUUUUGGUCUCGCAGGUCUCUGCAGGUCCUGGGUUUGGGGGCGUCGCCUGAACUGUGAUGUCAUACCGCUAAUAUGACAUCAUUUCCUCUCUUUAUGACGUCACUCCUGACCAUGAAUAAGAGGGAUCCUGCUUCAUAUUGACCUGAACCAAUCCAAAGACCUGAUUGGUCACCGCCCACUGAAGUUUAAACCAAUCAGGAGGAGGCAGAGCCUGUCUGAGACUUCACACCUGCUGCUGUCAGCCAAUCAGAAUCGAGCGUCCUGACUCCAACUGUUAGAUACUCUGAAUAAUGCUUGACCUUUGACCUCUGAGAGUAAACAGAAGCUGAUUGUCCUCACGUAGCUAGCCCCGCCUCUCUUUGUUAAGCCCCGCCCUUCCUGUGUUUAUAUUUGUUGAACCUGUGUCACUCUCACUGUAAAAAACGAUCCUGCAUCCUGAUUGGCUCCUGUGAAUAACUGUCUUCUUGUUCAGAGAUGUCUUUUUUAAACCCCUGACACCUAAGCCCCGCCCCCAGCACUUAAGCCCCGCCCCUGUGUUUUCUGUGUGGGUUUUGUGAAUUUUGCCAAAGUUGUAGCCGGCUGAGUGUUUCUACGUUACUGUGAUUGAUCAUCAUGUCGCCCCGCCCCCUGCCUGUCCGUCACUGAGCUCACAGGGGGACUCCGCCCCUUUUUGUACCAUACAGAUUAUAAAUAUGUAUUUCUAUGACCUCAGAGUGUUUUGUAUAAAUGGGUGUCAGGUAUCGUCUCCAUGCUGUAGACCUGUGUGUGUGUGUGUGUGUGUGUGUGUGUGUGUGUGUGUGUGUGUGUGUGUGUGUGUGUGUGUGUGUGUGUGUGUGUGUGUGUGUGUGUGUGUGUGUCUGUGUGUCUGUGGUGGUAACACACUCAUUGAUCAUUUUGUAUCAGAAAAUAAACCUGAAUGUUGGUGUCUCACACAUUUAUAGAGCUGUCAAUCAGAGCUGACCGUCCAAUCAGCUGCACUCGUUCGGUUGUUUUUAAUGUGAACUUUGAUUUGAUUGGUUGUUCUGACAUCAUUUCUCACCAUGAAUAAAAUCUGCAGCUCAAACGACUUUUCCUCUCAGUGUCUCUUUUUAUUAUUAUAAUUAUCAAUAUAUAUUUAAUUAAUAUUAUUAACGUCAUCAUUAUCACUUUCUUUGUUAUUGAUAUUUACAUCUUUUUUACUGUUGUUAUUAUUAUUUACUCUUUUAUUAUCGUUAUUAUCAAUAUUCUUAUUUGUAAUCACUGUUGUUGUGAAGUCGUCUCUCCGUCACGACUCUAAAGUCUCUAAAGUCAAAGAACAGAAAAGUUUAUUUUCCAGAUUUUAACCAGAAGAUCUAAAGAGUUUGAACAACAGGACAGGUGUGUGUGUGUGUGUGUGUGUGUGUGUGUGUGUGUGUGUGCAGAGUGUGUGUGUGUGCAGAGGGCGUGUCCUGGCUGGGGGGUCGUUAGCUGGAUGAGCUGCACCUGGGAACGGUUCACUCUGGUCUAUAAGUGAUUUGCUGGUCCUCUCUGGUCCUCUCUGGUCCUCCCUGGUCCUCCCUGGUCCUCUCUGUCUCUCCCUGAAGACUCUUUUGUUUCAUGUUCUCGACCGUCUCAGAUUACUCGAAAGUUUGAACCUGUUAAAGUGACGAAAACAAACGAAGAAAAAGGAGAAAAACGACGACGGAGUGAGAGGAGAGACGAGUGUUUGGACGUCCUGAUGGACUCUCUGUCCUCUCUUAUCGUCCUCUCUCAUAUCUCUACGUUUCUCUCUCAGUUUAAAGUGAUGAUGAAACACACACACACACACACACACACACACACACACACACAGAGUCGGUGGUUAAUGAACUUUUAUUAAACGUCUGUGUUCCCUCAGAGAGACAAAAGCACAAACAGGAAGUGAUUAAGAUAAAUCAGAGAUAACCUCAAACCUCAUUAUUACACAGACCUUUAUUUAUUCUCUCUGAUUUCACCUCUUUAUUUCACACACACACACACACACACACACACACACACACACACAGACACACACACACACACACACACACACAGUCUGAUUCUUCUGUCUGUUUGUUAAAUGAACAGAUUUAAUCUGUUGUUUCUCUCUCUGGGCUGAAGUGAACCAUCUAAAGAACCCGGUCUUUGGGGCUCGGGUUCAUGUAGUCCACAUCCUACAGUCUAGAUGUUCACCCCCGACCUCCACCUUCAUCCUGAUGGUCUCCUAAAAGGUCGUAUCCUCCGAUCGUAGCUGAUCGUAACCAUUCAAGUUAACGUGUCAAUUUACACCGACUUCUUUCCGUUCCUCUGCGGAUCGCCGGACUCCUCAGCUGAUCACAAGAGUUCUAUUUUUUCUGGACGCCGGAGCAUGGCGGAUAAAUUCAGCACAGAUUAACCCGUGCUGGAAAGGAAGUCGGGCACAGACUUCAAAAUAAAACAUCCGGCUUCUUUUCAAAAUAAAACACUCCGUGUUUCAGGAGGAUCGUAUUUCACACCACGUGUGUGUCUGUGUGUCUGUGUGUGUGUGUGUGUGUGUGUGUGUGUGUGUGUGAGAUCAAAACAAUGAUCACUGUCUCUUCUUCUUCUGCUCCAGGAUAAUAUUUGAUCCAGUUUCUGUUUCCAGGCAAGCCUCUGAACACACACACACACACACACUGAGAGCUCAGGGGUCUCCCUGAGGACCUGAUUGAGAGCAUGGAGCUCUGGUUGCCGUGGCAGCAGCAGCUCCCAUCCUCCAUCAACACUCAUUUUUUUAUUUUUUAUUCUCUCUCUCUCUCUCUCUCUCUCUCUCUCUCUCUCUCUCUCUCUCUCUCUCUCUCUCUCUCUCUCUCUCUCUCUCUCUCUCUCUCUCUCUCUCUCUCUCUCUCUCUCUCUCUCUCUCUCUCUCUCUCUCUCUCUCUCUCUCUCUCUCUCUCUCUCUCUCUCUCUCUCUCUCUCCCUCUCUCUCUCUCUCUCUCUCUCUUUCUCUCCCUCUCUCUCUCUCUCUGUCAGACACACUAAAAACACUUUCAAAUUAAAACAUCAUUUAUACUUUUUAAACUCUUAUAACUGUGUCUGUACGGCUUUUUCACAGUAACCAAUGAUCACUUUAUAUACAGAAAUAUUAUAUAUAUAUAUAUAUAUAAUAUUUAUGUAAUAUUAUAUAUAUAUCAGGAUGACGUCUCCUAAACUCAGUGAAUCUUUUUAUUAAAAACAUGAAUUUAAACAGAAAAAAACUUUAAAGUUUCUCUCAGCUGAAGAAACAUGAACUGUGUGUCUGUGUGUGUUUGAGUGUGUUUGUGUGUGUUUGAGUGUGUGUGUGUGUGUGCUCCUCGUUGUCUCAGACUAAUGCUCUCCAUUACUGCUGAUCAAUACUCCACCUAUUGAUCUGAUUCUUAUUGAUCCACACAUUGACACACUCAGAGUGUGUGUGACCUGUCUCACCUUGUCUGAUCGUCCAAUCAGGAUCUGAACAUCUGUGUGUGUGUGUGUGUGUGUGUGUGUGUGUGUAUCACGUCCAGCUCGUUAACCCACCUGUUUCCUCGUUAGUGAUCUGAUUGGAUCGUUUGGACUCGACCCGCCUUAACGAGCAGAAACAAACUUGGACUGUUUUUCACUUCCACAAGUUUCUGACUCUCCUCCUCCUCCUCCUUCCUCUCCUCCUCCUCCUGCUCCUCCUCCUCCUCCUCCUCCUCCUCCUCCUCCUCCUCCUCCUCCUCCUUCCUCUCCUCCUCCUCCUGCUCCUCCUCCUCCUCCUCCUCCUC